CGGUUAUAGGCUCAAUUCCAGUCUUUUCGGUUCAGCCGGUCGAAAAAGUCCGGUUUCACAACAAUGGUCGGCUUGCUCAACAUCGACAUUCAACGCACAACUCGCGACAGACGCUUCCCAUAAUUUUCUUUGAACUCCGUAGUAAUGGCUUCUUCCUCUUCUUUUUUCUCCCCUUUGCUUCUAGCAAACCCUGAUUCUGAUUUCACGUUCCUCAAACGCAAAGUCAAUGUACAUUAUAAGGUAAAAGCUACUUCAGCUCUUCCCAUUACUGCUGCUGCUGCUUCUUCUUCUUCUUCUACUUCAAAUAAUAAGGAAAAUUCUUCCUCCAAAUCGACCAAGCUUAUCACUUUUCUAGGCAAAGGUGGCUCUGGCAAGACCAUCUCCUCGAUUUUCGCUGCACAGCAUUAUGCAAUGGCUGGACUUAGCACAUGCUUGGUAAUACAGACUCAAGAUCCCUCUGCUGAUUAUUUUCUGAACUGUAAGAUUGGAACCUCUCCUGUCAUCUGCAAUGACAAUCUUUCGGCUGUUAGAUUGGAAACCACGAAAAUGCUUCUUGAGCCUCUUAAUCGACUAAAGCAAGCAGAUGCGCAUCUUAAGAUGACCCAAGGUGUUCUUGAAGGGGUUGUUGGAGAAGAACUUGGUGUGCUUCCUGCAAUGGAUUCUAUUUUUUCUGCAUUGGUACUUGAGAGGCUUGUCCGAUUCUUAACCAAUGUAGCCCAGAAGAAAAAAGAGGAUAAAUUUGACAUAAUAGUAUAUGAUGGAAUCAGCAGUGAUGAAACUCUAAGAAUGAUAGGUGCAGCCAGUAAAGCCAGAUUGUACUUGAAAUAUCUAAGAAACUUGGCUGAGAAGACUGAUCUUGGGAGACUGGUGGGUCCUUCACUCCUGAGAAUUGUUGACGAAGCAAUGAAUUUAGGUGGCAGGGGGUACUCGAAUGGAAUAGCAAGUGCAGAGAUCUGGGACAAUUUGGAAAGGAUGCUGGAGCGAGGAUCCUCUGCUUUCUCUGAUCCAUGUAAAUUUGGCUGCUUCCUUGUAAUGGACCCAAGUAAUCCAACCUCAGUGAAUUCAGCAUUACGGUAUUGGGGCUGUACAAUCCAAGCUGGUGCACAGGUUUCUGGUGCAUUUGGGAUUUCUUCUCCAUAUUUGAAUGAAGAAUCAAUUGAACAAAUCAAGAACAAAUUUUCACCCUUGCAUUUUGCUUUCAUUCCACAAUUCCCAAUGGGUUACCCACUGGAUUGGAACUCAAUCAUGUUAAACACUGUUGGUCAUGAUUCAAGGGCCCAUUUCUCUUUGCCAGCAAGGCACAGUGAUAGUUUUAAAUCGAAUGUCAAGUUUGAUGCAGCUAAAAAAUCAAUAACCCUUUUUAUGCCAGGUUUUGACAAGACAGAGAUCAAGCUAUAUCAAUACAGGGGAGGGUCCGAGUUGUUGGUGGAAGCAGGAGACCAGCGACGUGUAAUUUCCUUGCCACCAAGAAUUCAAGGUAAGGUGGGAGGUGCAAAGUUCAUCGAUAGAAGUCUGGUAAUCACCAUGCGAUAGUGUAAAAGCAAUAUGAUUUAUGGAUUUCUGGGUCAUUAGCCCUUGGAAUAAACAUGCUCUCUGCUUGUGGCUACCCAUAAUUCGUGUAAAAACCCAAUUUUUUUAAUUAAUAAAUUUUAUAGAUUUUAUUA